AUGGUAAAACGUGUUCAGUGUGAUCCUGUGUGUGGUCUAUGUGGUAUAGCUUAUGAGAGUAUUCUUCAUGUGUUUGCUAAUUGUGCUUUUGCUCAUAAGUGCUGGACUGUGUUGAAUGAUCAGUGGAGGCUCGGACAUGUGGAGUCUAUUGAUGAAUGGUUAGAGGAGAUGUGGGUAUUCCCAGGGAUGUUUACGCAGUAUGCUUCUAUGGGAGUUUUCAUUGUGCAAACAGUAGUUCGGUCGGGAUCUCUACAGGCUUGUGUUAUGGACGUGUCUCCCGAUAGGACUAAGUUUUGGAAUCCUUCGUGUGAUGAGGCUAUUAGGCCUUUUGAGGGUCAGGUUUUUCCUUCUCUUGGUCAUGUCAUUGCUUUCUAUAGGCAGUAUGCGUCUGUUGUUGGGUUUGACGUACGUCGUAAUUCGGUGCGUAAGGAUAUGGACGGUGUUGUCGUAAAAAAUCUGUUGGUUUGUUCCCGUGAGGGGUUCAAGCAGUCGGCUGAUGUUUUGGUUGUUGGGGAUGCAGAUUCUGGUGAAGCGCGUUUGGCUCAAAAGCGUCGUCGUGUUUCUAAUAGGGUGGGUUGUAAAGCGAGUUCUGAUGCUAAUGUUGUUGUGAACAAGUAUGUUAAGAAGGUUGAUGCUUGCCCGGACUAUUUCUUUGAAUAUGAUUUGGAUUCUGAAGAUCAGUUACGGAGGUUGUUUUUGGUUGACCCUUUUGUGAAGCAUAAUUUUGCAGCUUUUGGUGAUGUAGUGUCGUAUGGUAUGGUGUUCGUCCCCUUUACUGGUGUCGAUAAUCACAAGAAAGGUAAUGAGAUGUUGUCCGUGGAAAAGUUUGAGCACGGGUGGCUUGAGGUAAUGGAAAAGUAUAACCUCGUUGAGCACCGGUGGUUUCGUCUUAUGUAUGACUUGAGAUCGUUUUGGAUCCCUGUAUUUUUUAAUGAUGUUUUCAUGGGUGGUUUGAUGCGCACAACAUCUAGGUCAGAGGCUGCAAAUAGUGUGUUUAGUAGUUUCACAAACCACCAUGCUAGCCUGUCGGAGUUGUUCAACAAUCUUGAAGGAGCUAUUGAUGCCCAACGUCAGGCGCGGGCCAAACUAAAUGCGAAUUGUGAGGGCAAUUUUCCUUUGUGCAAGACAUCAUUGUUGAUAGAGAGGCAUGCAGCUGCAGUCUAUACUAUAAAUGUCUUUUACGAUAUGCAAGCUGAGGUUGUUGCAAGUUCUUUUUCGUGUCGCUUGGUGAGUUCAAAUGUUGAUGGGAUGGUAACCCGUUUUGAGGUUAAAGAUGAUGAUGAUUUGGUGCACAUGGUGAUGUUUGACUGCUCUAUUACCAGUGUUGAGUACACGUGUAACUUGUUUACACGGAGGGGUUUACUUUGUCGUCAUAUUUUUUGGGUUUUCAAGGACCGUAGGGUUGAUUCUAUUCCCUCUCGGUACGUAGUUGCACGGUGGACUAGAGAUGCUUGUGUUCGACAGUUGUUGGGCGUUCAACGUGGGGAGGCUGUAGAUGGUGAGUAG